ACGGCGGUGGUCCAGCAGCAGACGCGUUUCAAGCCGUUCAGCACCGCGCUCAUGGGGCCGCUGCCGCAGGAAAGGGACAUCCAAUGGAGCGACCCUCUAAACUCAGAUUUGGACACGCUUGCUCGGGAGUGGUUCGGGGAAGCAGAAGCUCGCCUGGUUGAAAUUCAUGGAAUAAGUGAUCUGAAAGGGUACGUUGGUCGCUCCGCUGGGCCCCAGUCUCGGAAAGUUCCCUUAGUUGCGCUGCUAGAGCGAGAUCACCGUCGGCGGUUUUCGAAGCAGACUGUCUGCUGGAUCUCGUUCGAGGCCCUGCUCAAGAAGGCAAAGGCAAUCAGUGCUGGGAGCCCAGGUGCCAAGGGGAGAGCCCUUUUGGGAUCCUGGAAGCUUAAGCUGUUCGACAUUUUGGAGGACCUCCAGCUGACGGAAGAUGGGCCCACAAAGGCCCAGCUGCACACCAUUGUUAGGGCGGCAUCGGGAGAAGGUUCCUGGAACGACGACGUCAAUGGGGCCAUCUGCAAAGAGUGCACUCGUCGCCAGAGGCUGGACGCGGCUUCGCAGCUUGCUAAGUGGAAGGAAUGGGCCAAGGGUGCCGUCUCUGGAGGUGGUAAAGCGGCUCAUGCCUUCUCCAAGCAACAG